CCACGUUCCGAGACGCUUUAAUACUGUUCGAACUCGCAGCCGAAACGGUUCGCCGAACACGUACUGUACGCGGCCCGUGCAUUAGCUGCUAGUGUCCUUUCGUGACGAUCUUCAACAGGAUUUUGUGUAGUGCUUGUUUGUGAAUCGACUGCGUGUUUUUGCUCCGUAAAAUUGGCAGUAGAAAUAGUUUACAGAUUGCUAGAGAAGGUACCGUGGUGACAACUGAGCGGUAGCAAACAUGAGCAGCAACGCGCCCGGGGCCACCAACCCCAUGCUGUACGAUCCCAUCCCGGAGGGACAGGGCUCAACGUCGAAGCGCAACCAGUUUGUCGCUGCUCUCGGAAUAUGUAUGGCAGCCGUCAGUGGUGGCACGGCCCUGGCCUGGACUUCACCCGUACUGGCCCAACUCGUGCCGGCCAAUCAGAGCGAUAUCAGCGGGCUCGAGCGUGAAAGCUUCCUGCUCACGACCGACGAAGGAUCAUGGGUAGGAGCGUUUCUUGCGGUUGGUGCCUUCCUUGGUGCCCUGCCUGCCGGAUACUUGGCGGAGAAGAUCGGUCGCAAGUACACCACGAUGUCGCUAGCAUUGCCAUAUCUCAUCAGCUGGGCAUUGAUCAUUUUUGCCAACGGUGCCGGGAUGUUGUACGCUGGUCGUUUGGUUAUUGGUAUUGCAACGGGAGCAUCCUGUGUCGUUGCACCUAUGUUCAUCUCGGAGGUGGCGGAAACAUCAAUUCGUGGUGCUCUUGGAGCUUUCUUCCAGCUACAUCUAACGGUCGGCAUUCUGUUCGUGUACGCCGUCGGUUCGUACACGCACUGGGUAACGCUGAGCAUACUGUGUGCCAUAUUCCCGAUUCUUCUGAUUGUGGCAAUGUUUAUCGUACCGGAGAGCCCGGUAUACCUGGUCAAGAAGGGUCGUCGAAUUGAUGCGGGAGUAGCAUUGAAGUGGUUCUGGGGACCAAAUGCAGAUACACAGUCGGCCCUUCAGACCAUCCAGUCCGAUCUCGAUGCUGCUUCGGGUGAAGCGAAGGUGUCAGAUCUGUUCACCAAUGCGACCAACCGAGCUGCUCUCUUCAUCUCGCUGCUGCUGAUGUUCUUCCAACAGUUUUCCGGCAUUAAUGCGGUGAUCUUCUACACGGCACCAAUCUUCCAGUCCGCGGGCAGUACCAUGGACCCGGCCGUCUGUUCCAUUGUGGUUGGUGUCGUGCAGGUCGUCAUGACGCUUGCCUCAUCCAUACUGAUCGAUAAGGCUGGCCGCCGGAUACUGUUGCUCCAGAGUAGCUUCAUCAUGGGCGCGUGCUUAAUUGUGCUCGGUGUGUACUUCAAGAUGCAGAACGACAAAGUGGACGUAUCGAACAUUGGGUGGUUGCCGCUUGCCUCGGUUGUACUGUUCAUUAUCAGCUUUUCGCUCGGUUUUGGACCAAUCCCGUGGAUGAUGAUGGGUGAACUGUGUGCUCCGGACAUCAAGGGACUUGCUUCAGCGUUGGCCGUAAUGUUUAACUGGACCCUUGUGUUUCUGGUGACGAAAACGUUCGGCACGAUGCAGGAGAUGCUCGGUUCCGACUGGACGUUCUGGUUCUUUGGCGCUUGGAUGAUGAUCUGUACGGUGUACGUGUUCAUAAAGGUACCGGAAACGAAAGGAAAAACUAACGCACAGAUUCAGGCCAUCCUGAGUGGCAAAAAGUAAUUCUUCACCGGUGCAGCUUCUAAUGCGAGGAAAGAGAGCACAACGUAGUAUAUCUGUGUUCGUCCGUUUCGGUUUGUUUGGUAAUCGUUCAAAAUUCCGUGUCCAUAGUAGUGUCGUUAGGGAAAGAUUUUUUUUUUACAUAAGUUUAAAGCGGUAUAUUUUAACGUGUUGUAAAUAUGUUUCUGUAGCCCUUUCUCAUGCCCACUAGUAUAUAUGAAACCGUUGUAGGUGCAAAACAGUCGGAAGCCAUUCGUUGAGACAAGUCGUCAGAGAGGAGCAGGAUAUAGAAAUUAGACGGUAAAAGGUUUCUUAUUCGUUGAGGCAAAAGUAGAAAACUUGGCACAGUAAUCGAAACGACUGAUGGGAAACAGGAAGCAAAUAUGGGAUUAAAAAAAACAAACAACUGAGUUAAAAAAUUGCCAUUAUAGCUAGUAAAUGAGGGUAAAAUAGUAAAGAAAUGAUUUUGAAAAAGUAUGAAUACGGAGCUUGUUUGCUUCUUUUAGCCGGGGUUUGUGCACUUGCAGGACGAGGCUACAGUAAUGGAGUGUUAGCGGUAUUGGUUGUAAGAAAUAUGCUAAGUUUAAAACAAGUAAGUUUAGGUUGCGUUACUGCAAUGCUUUAGUGCUCGAUUAAUUCAGCUUAUGAGCGAUGUUAAGCCGCAAUAAGUUUUCAACGAACGAACCACGGUCAGGGAGCUUACUUGCCACUAUACGCGCAGGUUAAACAGUUCCUCGUUGUCAACUGUUCGUAAUUCGUGUGUCCAGCAACGCAAAAAAAAGAAACAAUAUAUCGUAGGCGAUAUAUACGCAGUCUGUUUAGCGCAUAUCAGUCAGAUGAUGAAAGGAAAGGAAGGAAAUUUUCGAUCACUUUAUCCCCCGUGCACCGGUGUAUCUGAAACCCUGUUAGUCCCUUAGACCACCAUCACCACCUAUCUCACAAUACAACUUCCCUAACCAAUGGUACAACCAGUCAGAACCUCGAUUGUAUCCGGUUUAUUGCCGUCACAGCUCGUUUUUUGGACAUGUUCAAUUUAUUGCUAGAUUUUCAGAUAGUGGGCAAAAUAAAAGAUUUUCGUUCCAUGGUGCCAUAUCGAGUAAAGCGUAUAUGCUGAAUGUUAAAUAAACUCCUCAAGAGCUACAUAUACAUAUAGUGUAAAACAAAAAAGGCUUUAGCGUGUUAGGCGAAGCAAUAAGUGGAUGGAAAAUGGAGCAUCCAUGCUAAGCUUCCGUACGGCUCAUGUAAACACAGUCGCCUCAUCCCUUCCACGUACAUUUAUUCCCACCGGACGAUGGUGGCGAUGGUGCGUGAAUUUUAGUAAUUUAUAGCACUAUACGAACUGGUAAUGUAAAGAACUGUGGUUGUGUGUUUUACAUGAAGCUGGAAAAAUGCAUCGAAAAAAAAGAGAUGGAAAAUAUAACAUAUUUAACCGGUGUAUAA